AGUGCACCUGCAGCGCGGAUAUAAUGAUUCCUUUUUGUACAUUUUUUGUACCGCCUCUUGAUGCCGUGGUUUUUUAACCUUCAUGAUUUUCUAAGUAAAUUAUAACACGAAUCAUUUUCAAGAACAUGGGUCAAAUAGUCGGGCGCUUGUUGCAUGCGCACAACACUGCUUCCCCGGAUGAGAUUUUGUCGUGGAUUAGGAGCGGCAACUCGACCAAAGGAGUCGAAAGGGGAAUACUUGCACUUGGUCCUUUUGGACCGACUGGGAAGGACAAAAAUGCCACGCCUCACGAGCCGCGAAUCAUCGAUCUGCUAUGGAAAAACAAACACCCCAGCAAUGCGCCUGAGCCCUCUUCUGACACUGUACAAGGUCGCGAAGCCAUUCUCCGCAGACACCUGGUCUACACACAUCAAGCGUUCGUCGGUCGACCUCUGCUCCUCAAGAACUUGCGAGUAGAAUGCCAAGUAGAACGACCUCGUAGUCUGAGACACAUCAGCAACCACAUCACUGGUCCCAAUGGAAGCCCUAUGUAUGGACAAGAAGCAAGAGAUCAGCACCUCUACUAUCAAGGUGUUCAGAACGACAUCGACAACAUCCAAGACGCAACCGAAGCGUGUUCUAGGGAGCCGAAGUGUAGGUAUUUCGCCUAUGAUCCGACACGGAGGAACGUCCACAUGUGUGAACAUGUGGCGACCCAGGGACAUGGUCAGGGGGGACAUGCUGUAUCCUCACCUGCUGGCUUGGGCAAUGACGGUGUUCCGAUAGGCAGUACAGUUGGGGAGGAUCAUUAUGGCGAGAAUCAUAAGGGCUGGAUGAAGGUCGCUCAUCUCGCUUAUUUUUCAAUGUAAGUAGAAUCCUAGAAGUCUUUCUCCUUCUUUAAAGAAAGCUUUCCUAGAUUUUGUCCAAGUACUUGAGAAAUUGAAACUCAUCGAACGUUCUAAUAGACCAGCCUCCCCCGAACCAGCCACGACAUCACUUCUGGCGGAAUGCUCACCGGCAAGUACGAAGAGGGUGUUACUUCUGGUGUGCACUACGAUCGAGUCCUAGGUGGCACCAGAGGGGUCAGGGACAGCCUGAUCUUCUCCAACGCUCGCGCCAACUGCGAUGAAAAAGAUCUUUUGAGGGUAGUCCCGAACGUUUUCCUCGAGAACACCAACGACGCGGCUGCUCUUUGUGCGAAGACAGAGGGUUGUACAGCGUGGACUAUGACGACAGAAGGGACGCAGGACACUGUGCUGUACAGUGGUGCAGCUGAUUUGCGGACUCCGUUUUCGCCAGGUGCGCGACGACAACUAGCUCUUUGUGGAGCAAAAGACGUUGCGGGACUAGAGCUGAUUCCGGAAGCGGGGACGGUCGCCGGGUUGAGGACGAAACCGGGUGGCAAAGCGAGUAAGAUCAGUUCUAGUGGUCUUGGUUCCAACAACAGUGAUGAGGCAGAUCGUCUAGAAAACCACGAAGCUGAAGAUGUAGAUCGUGUACCUGCGAUUUAUCCUAAGUAUUUGCCAGAGACUAUGCGUCGUGAGAACGGACCUACGACACUGCCAGACAUGUGGCGUCGCAUGCGCAGGCACGGAGAGGACGUCAGCCAUUUCCGAGGGCCAGCCGCAGAUGCACUAGCAUCGACUUUAGCCGACGCCGGUUAUUCCAUCGGGUCUCCAGCGCAGUGGUCUCCUACACUCCUACCUGGCAUCGGUGGCGCAACUGGCGCCAUACCUCCACCAGCAGACGCUGCUUUAAACCCAGUCUACGCCAUGAAGGGUGCAGAAGGUCUGUCGUCUUGUGAACGGUUCCCGAAUGCCUGUCGGGAUUAUGUCGACUUCUUGUAUCCGAAAUCGUUGAAGAGGAACGUGCCACCAGGAGAAAUGCCUCCGGAACUGUCGUACCAGCUGUUCCCGAAGACUUUGAGGCUGAAGCCAGACAGUUCCUUGAAGAAGUAUUUGCCGCCAGAAUCGCAUGGACAGCUGCCGGGAGAAAUACGGGAAGAUCGGUUUUCAGGUACGACCAACCUACUUAUGUGAUUUCUCACUCGCUUUGGAUGCACACCGAUACUUUGGUACAAUUAGAAAUACUGGUGUAGUUUAACUUUAACUUAUUGGAUGCAUAUCGAGGAUACUUUGAAUUUUCUUGCUCUAUCAAAUACAAAUUCAAAUUCCACAUUGUUGCUGAUCCUCUCUGCCUCUAUCAAAUUCAAUAUCAACUCUUGGAACAUCAAUCCCUCCCAUCCAUCCCCUUCAGGCGAAAAACACUGGUACGCUAUCGGCGAGUUCGAUCAUCCGAGACCAGACUGGGAAAGGCUUGACAAUCCCAUUUGGCAGUUUGAGCAGUGGCGAGAUGGUAAUUUGGAUCGGAAGCCUCCUGAUGGCACUGAGAUGGAUAAUGUUGAUGCGCCAGAUUUGAGGGAUGCGUGAUUUGCAGUUUGUGUUUGAUGGCGUAACAGUGGAUGAAGAUGGUUUUGAAUCGCCCUUGGGACAUCAAAUGAAGCAAUCAAAAU